AUGGAGACGGGGCACUUGCAACGUUGCUACCUGCAGCCGAGGGCUGCGAAGCGGGUGCUGGAGAGGAAGGGGGCAGAGCCGGCACGAGCUGCUGCCCAUCCUGUGCCUGCACGCCUCAGCUGCAGGGAGGCCCGGCCUUUGUGCCACCCCUUUCCAGACCCCUCCCCUGACGCCCUAGCCUAUGAGCUCCACGGGGACGAGAAGCGUCUGCCCUCAGCCCCUUCCACAGUGGCUGGCGCAGUUAGCAGGACGCAUGAGGGCUCGUGGCUCAUUUGUGCAUCCUCUGCAGCCAGCAGUGUGCGGGCCUCGAAAAUCACAGUAAGCCCGUGCCUGAAGCCCCCUGUCCUGACGGAGCCCAAACCCGGGCUUUCCCCUCUGCCGUCUCCCCCACCCUUGGUCAUAGGGGCUGCCGACACCAAGUUUCGAAAACAGAAGCUCUUCUGUUGGAACGGAGAGAGCAGCCAUGGUGACUGCGGGGCUCUCUCAGCAGUGACAGCUCGGGGACCGCCACUCUCAAAAUUAUCCCGGUUUUCUGCAUCUGGCUCCAGUUGGAUACCAGUUAGAUCCCAGUUAGAGACCAUGGACUCUGAUAGGAUUGGGGGCAACACAGAACCGAGUUCUGGGAACAUCAUGGUGCUGGGCCUGGACGUUGGCUUGUCUCCUAAGUUCGGUGGCUGUAGGGCCGGCGUGGAUCUGUGGAUAGACGAAAUGAAUUACCAGGAAAUUGGAAACCACACCAAAGUGACCGAAUUCGUUCUCGUGGGACUGUCCAACCACCCCACAUCCCAGAGUGUUCUUUUCUGGGCACUGAUGUUUCAUUACAUACUAACUUUGGCAGGAAACAGCAUGAUCGUUUUCCUGGUGGGAGUCAGUUCUCAGCUUCACACCCCAAUGUAUUUCUUCCUUGGUAACUCGUCUUUACUGGAUCUCCUGUUCUCCACCAGUGCUUUACCCCUGAUCAUGGCGCACUCCCUGCAGAACUCUCCCACCAUCUCCUACAGCUCCUGUUUUGCCCAGCUUGCCAUCCGAGCCUUCUUGGCACUGGCUGAGUGUUUCCUUCUGGCUAUUAUGGCUUACGACCGAUUCGUGGCUAUCUCAAAUCCACUCAGGUACAACGUGGUCAUGUCUUCUCGAGUAUGCACUUUAAUGGCUUUGGUUGUGUGGGUGACAGCCUUCCUGCUCACUGUCGUGCCCAUUCUGCUCUUCCCCAUCAGUUUCUGUGGGCAUAAUGCAGUCAAUCACUUCUCCUGUGAAGUCCAAGCGAUCUUCAAAUUGCUCUGUUCUAACACCAUUUCCCUAGAGGUUAUGAUGAUGGUAUGUGCUGUCAUUUCAAUGCCAGUACCUUUAACUUUCAUCCUUAUCUCUUACCUUUGUAUCCUCAGGGCUGUCUUAAGAAUCCAUCCAACUGAGGCUAGGCUUAAGGCCUUUUCCACAUGUGGUUCUCACCUGGUCGUGGUCACCAUCUACUUUGGGACACUAAUAUAUAUUUCUAUGAGACCACAGGCCAAAAAGUCCCAAGAUGGGGAGAAAAUUGUCUCUAUAUUUUAUGCAGCAGUGACACCAAUGCUAAAUCCCCUCAUCUACACCCUGAGAAAUAAGGAUGUAAAAGCUGCUCUCAGGAGAGUAUCUUGUGGGGCCAAGUCCUCAUGCUUCAAGCACACGACAGUGUGCUGGGUGAUAGGACAGCACAAAUGA